AGAAAUGAAUUUUCUUUUCUUGGUAGUGCACGUUUGUGAAUGUUGUGUUUCUUAGACCGAGUACAUUUAUGUCAAGCUUAGGCAGCUUAGCUCGUAAAGGAAUUGUGAGUAAAUGGGAAACCUCAAUUAAACUAUUUUGCAAGUAUAUGUGUAGAUAUUUUCCUGUUGGGAUAUUUGAUGAUUUCUUGAAGCCUCUUGAAAUGAAGACAAGGAGUCAAAAAGAGAUUUUUACUAAUGUAGAUUGUAAAGACUUUGUAAUGUUACCAGAACUUUCAAAGUCUGUUACAGAUACAAGUGCAAAGAACAGUAAGAAAGACUCUUGUAGUAAUGUAGGUUUUUUGUCAAGUGAUCCUUUUAAAGAAACUGAAGCUAGUACUGCAGAUAAAAUUACAAAAACAUCUAGCACCAAAAAGAAAAUGCUUAGUAAGCUUUCUACACAGGAAACUAAAGAAGUGAAAAACCCUGUAAUGUACGAUAUAGAUAAGCAGUAUCGUAGAAAAAGACAACACUUAAGCAUUGAGUAUAGUUUACAAAACAUAGGAGGAAAUACAUCAAAAGACGUAGGUGAGAAAGAAAAGAAAAUUAUGUUAAAAAGUGAUCCCAAAAGUAAAGAAACAAUAACAUCAUGGGAGCCAUUAUUUUGGAAAGAUGUUUUAAAAAACAUUAAAGAAAUGAGAAAAGUAAAGAAUGCACCAGUUGAUACCAUGGGAGCAGAAAAAUGUACAGAUUUGGACAGUCCUCCUGAGGUUUCCCAUUUUCAUACUCUGGUUUCAUUGAUGCUGUCCAGCCAGACGAAAGAUGAGGUCACUCAUGCAGCUAUGAAGAAGUUAUGGGCACAUGGUCUAACUAUUGAUAAUGUAUUGAAAACUUCAGAUGAUGAACUUGGGAGGCUGAUAUAUCCUGUUGGAUUUUGGAGAAAAAAAGUUGAAUAUCUGAAAAAAACUGCUCAAAUUCUGAAAGACCAGUUUUCAGGAGAUAUUCCACCUAGUGUAGAGGAAUUAUGUAAACUACCUGGAGUUGGUCCAAAAAUGGCAUAUCUGGCCAUGGCCAUAGCAUGGAAGCAAACUGUGGGUAUCGCAGUUGACACUCAUGUUCACCGGAUAGCCAACCGUAUAGGAUGGGUGAAAAAAACGACAAAAAAUCCAGAAGACACGAGGAAGGCAUUAGAAAGUUGGCUACCGAGGGAAUACUGGGAAGAAAUCAACUUGCUCUUAGUUGGAUUUGGUCAAACUGUUUGUCUUCCUGUUGGACCAAAGUGUUCAUCUUGUUUAAAUGUAAAAGUUUGUCCUUUUGGAAAAGCAAAUACAAAGAAAUCACUGUAAA